GUUAGAAAUUAAUCAUGUCGAGUGAGGAAAUAGAUUACUCAUACAGAAAUAUAAAAUACAAAAGUGGCACAUUCGUCUAUGAUUUCCAUAAAGUCGCUGGACAAAAAGGCUAGCUAUCAAAACGUCUGUAAUCGAGAGUAGUUCUACUUCCGUGAAUUCUACGGAAGCUUAAGUUACAUCAAAAGAAACAAUUGCAUCGGCAAAUAAACCACUGCUAAGUGUGCCUUCGUAUUCAAAGAUAAGUGAUACAGUUCUGUCACCUUCGAUAAUACAGUUUGAUUCCUUCAACCGAGCUUUCGUUUCAUCAAGAUCUGAUACCCAGGAGUCAUAUUUUCAUGUUUAAUUACCUCAUUCUGGAGUUUCGUUAUCUCGUUCCGCUAGCAAGACAAUGCAACAAGAGAAAGUAACUGAAUAUGAUCCUUGUGGCAGAUGUAAAAAAAUAAAAGAAAAACAUUUGAAGAGAAUAGCAUCAAAACUUGGUCAUAUUAAACUGUAUUGGCCACAACAGCUAAUCCCAGAUAUAGAUCAGUGGAAGCACUACCCGCUCUCGUAUGUCCAGAAUAGCAACAAGGAGAAGCUGCUUCUGUGGUACACUGAAAACUUCAGAAGACAGUAUCAUUUUGUUCAUAAAGAUCGGAGACCUCUCUUUCUGGCCGCUCAAAAUGAAUGUGGGCUGCAGAAAAUGGUAUGCACCGCGAUUCGGCCGACUAGCGUCCGGCUUCCAGAGUUCAAAACGUGGGAGGGCUGCGCCAAUUUUGUGGCUGACCACCUGAAUUACGAGCCACUAGAGAAGUCUCAGCUGCUGCCAGAUCGAUUGUCCUCACCAACUGCGGUGAUGGAAAGGCAGAUGGGAAAUAUUUUUGAGUACAGCACGCUCCUAUGUUCCUUUCUCAUUGGUUCUGGUUAUGACGCGUAUGUCGUAUCAGGCUAUGCCACCAGGGAAUUUUGUGAUUUCGACCAGACGAGAGUCGUGUGUCCGUAUCUUCCAAACUGUACAAAGAUAGAGUCGGAGACUGAAGAUGAUGCAGAGCCAAAGUACGUAAUAAAAAGUCCUCUGAAUUUCUGUAGCAAGUUUCUUCUGGAGAUGGAGAUGAAGAAAGUACGUGAGAAAGAAGAGGAACAACGGAAAAAGGAGGAAGAGGAGAGACAAGCAAUUGAAGAAUUUGAAAAGCCGCCCCCGGACGAUAUUUUUGGCACUAGAGUACACAGUUGGGUGGUCGUGUUGCCCACCUGUAUGGACGUUCAGGAGACGUUCUUCAUCGAUCCCUUGACUGGCAAUAAGUGUGAUUUAAGCAAUCCUAAUUAUCUGGGACUGGAGAGUAUGUGGAACCACGCUAACUACUGGGUAAACCUCCAGAAUUGCAGUGAAGGGUGCAAGAAACUGAAGUUUGAGCUGACCGAUUUGAAAUGCUGGGAGCAUCUUUUACCAGGUGAACCUUGGCAGGCUCGGAAGUCGGAUCAUGGUGACGAGGAGGUCUCUGCUGACACAAUUUUGGCAGAAAAACAUCUUGAUAUGCCUGCAUCUUGGGUGGAGAGGCUGGAAAUUUCAAAUGUCGCGUAUGAGAAUCGAUUUCCUGAAGGCAGUAAGACAGUUCUGUAUAAGAAAAGCAAACUGGAGAAGUUUGCACCCUACGUGCAGGAAGAUGGGCUGGUGACUCGGAUUACUGCUUAUGCAGAUUAUGAUUGGAUUCGUCCAGAGUUUGUGUACGAAUAUUACAGCAAUCGUGUUGAUUGCCUUCUGGAAGUCAGGAGAAAUUUGAUCAGUAACUGCACCGUGGAGGUCUUCAAACGAGGGAGAGGCGACUGCCUCAGAGAACAUUCCUUCUUCUUGGGAUGGAAUGGAGUUGAAGGUAAGCGAACAAUGCUGUUCUACCACAUGGCUCGUCAUGAUGGCUUGGAAAAACUGGAAAUGGAUCCACUUUAUCUUGUACAACACUUUCAGGAUCGUAUAGACUUCUUAUGUUAUCGUAAGGUGGACUAUCAACCAAGAGGUCAGGGCCAAAUGGAGGGACCUAACAGAAAUGUACUGAAACUUGUUGAGGAGUUCCAUCGAAAUCCCAAGAAGAAUGCCGACAGUGACGUCGCUCGCCGGACUUUUGCCGUGACAGAUAACCACAUCUUACUGAAGUUUCACUAUGCGCCUGGUAAAGUUACAGCGGCCACUCGUGAGUUCAUCAAGCCGCCUCUGACCGAAAUGACUGACAGGCUUACUUUUAAUCCAGACCUUACAGUAGGAUAUCAGACAGAUCCCACAGACCUUCCACCAAAGCAUCCGUACUUGUUCCAAUUGCUGGAAGAGCAGAUGAAGGCUGAAGGGGAUUCUAUUCUUUCUGCAAGACAAAUAGAAGAAGAAGUUAGUACAAUACUUCAACAGCGUUCCAUUGAAUUGUGUGAACCACAAUUGGAUGUCUCUAUCUUCAACAUGGAAAAGAACGAAUUAGCGAAGGAGAACAUGAAAAAUAGAGACAAGCAAAUACGUGCUCAAGAUGCAAGAGAAGUUGAAACAGGCGUUGAUUUUCUAGCCCCCUAUUUUGCUCGUAUCGGCAAUCCGGAAACAGUCUCGCAGCGUCAGGCUUUGCAGAUCAGGGAGGACUGCAUUGCAGACUUCAGACAGCAGCUUGUCAGCAGAAUCAGUAAAAUUCAGGGAUAUUUUGAUGAGGUGGGUGGAGAGAUUGAAGCAAAGAAUAAAUGGUAUGAAAAGGAGAAGGACAAACUUUCAAAUGCAAAAGAAGACACAUAUCUGAAAGCCGUUGCCGAAAAGUCUUUCCUGUUGCAUGUUCUGGAAAUUCGUUUGGCUCGUUUACAUGAUCUUUCAUCCGCCCGGUAUUGGGCGCUGGAAGCAUUCUUUCGUGCAGACAGACGUCUUAGUGUCCUAUAUUGUUAGCGUCGAUCUAUCACACAUCUUCGCAACUAAAUAUGCAGCGUGGCAGCCCUCGAGCUGAUGGGUCAUGCAACGAGGAUGACGUGUCUCCAUCAGUAUCCUCAUCUGAAGCAGAAGUGUCGUUACGGCUCCUUACCCUCUGACACCGAAGUAUACAAGCUUUCAUCCUGUGGCGCAAUGCAUCCAAAACGCAAGCCAAAAUUCUCUUGUCAUGAACACCGAGUUGAUUUAUCUGAAGGUCAGACUGUUUCUCAGCAAUAACAGUCUCCUGCGAGAAACAAGAAAACUGUAAGCUUGUAAGGAAGUCAUGAAAUAUCAGUUGCAAAUUCCUGCCUACAUUUUACACAAAAGGAAUAUUUAUUCAGCUUCUCUCGUGACUUUCGCUUAUGGUAUAAACCCUCGGGUGUUCAACUGUAGGGCAUGGGCUAUUACUGGGGUGUGCGAGGAUUUGAAUAAUGUUUGCCUCAAAAAAAUAGACUAAUAUUUUACUGUGUUUGACGUUUUGUCAAUUAUCAUUAUCAUCAUUAUUCUCCAGCUUAAGUUUGCUUUCUUCCUGAUUUUUAUUCUAAAUUUUAUGUUAAACAUUAAUGACAAUAUUUUGUAUUUUCAUACUUUGAUGAAUCAAUUUAUUGUGUUUAAUAUAACCACAAAAAUAGAGAUAAGGUAAAUGAAAUUUUUAUUACUAUACUUCGUAAAACCCACAAAAACAUUUUACAGAUGGGAAGGAGCGUAGGAAUUUCAAAUCAGAAGGAGGAAGCAAGACGUAAAAGUUUAAGGCAAACUGGUGAAGGCAGUCGGCCGUAUCUCUUCAAAAAUAAAAAGUGAGAGUGACGUGACAGAGGUGUUCCUCUGAGCGUCGCGGAAGAAAUAAUGUACCAUCAAGUUCUCACCAUCCAUUCCCAGAAGACAGAGCACUUCUUAAGCCACUGCCUAUUAAGUGCACAAUAUGGGGACGAGACUGUAUCGUCUGAAUGUGUGUGUAUGAUUGGUGCAGCAAGUUUUCCAAAGACUGUGAGCAGGUUGCUAACUGACCACAUCAGUGAACAAAAUCAAGGGGCAGAGUCCUGGGUGAGCACUGACCUACUUGCAAAACUGUAACCUUACAUCAUAGUACUGCGGUUCUAGAUGCUGAAUGGGGUCUAUGUGAUAUGGAUAUGAACAUUCAAAAUUUAAUGCCUGCGAGACUGACAAGUGAGGAACACAAAGCUAUGAAGAAAUCCUACUAGUAUUUGGGUGCAAACCUAUAUUCAGCCACAACGUUCUCGUCUUGUUUGUGGGGACAUUCCAAUAAAAAUGUGUGAGUUUCCUGCAGAUGUCUGUGAACUGCCAUGAGAGUUAAUUUAUUAGAAACUAUUUGGCCUCGGAACUACUUUAGAUAUCUUUAACUGCACUUGUUGCACACGCUUUCAGCACCAAUAACUCUGCAACCAUUGCGAUUAGGGCACAUGCUUAUAUAAAAUUUCUGUCAAAAAUGAAUUAUCUCCUCCUCCAUUAUCCAAAUUUUCAUGUUUCAUCUGUGGAAAACAUGCAUUAAAGUAUAAAUAUUAAUCACAA